AUGAGCAAUAAUUAAAUAUAUGCCCAAAUUUUGUCUUUACAAAAUAUCUUUAACUUAAAAUUUGAAGCUUGUAAAGAACCUAGAUUAAAUGAAAUUUAAGAUUAAGGAAAUAUUCUAUUAGAAGAAACUAUGAGCAAUCUAAUUAAUCUCAAAAGUUUACAGCUAAAUUUAGACGGAAAUUAAAUUGAAGAUAGAAAGAAUAGAAAUACUCGCACAUAUAAAUGCACUCAGAAUACAACUUAAAAUUUAAAUUUAAUUAUUAAUAUUUUUAUUUUUAUUUUAUUUUAAGUAAGAUGUUAUAACAGUUUUAAAUUGAAGACAGAGGUGCAGUUUAGAUUUGCAAAGUAUUACAUAGGUACAAAGCAUUAACGAACUUAAAUUUGUAGCUUUGGAAAAAUAAAAUGGGGGACAGAUAGAUAGAGAGUAUUGCUGAAGGUAUUAAUAGUUGUGCUAAUCUGGCAAGAUUAACUUUAAAAGCAUCUGCAAAUUUAUUUGGAAAAGAAGGUGCAUUUUCAAUUAGUAAAGCAUUAGGUAGUUGUUGUAGAACGUUGA